UGAGAAACAGCACUGACUCACACCGGGAGCUGAAGUUAAAUCCGAAACCAACACAGUAUUCAUGUCCCGGCGCUUUGUGAGGACCGAUAGACUUUAACCCAAUUCAAAAAACAAACGAAAUACAAUUCAUGGUGUCAUCUUAAAUCUGCCAGUCAUCCCUGCGCUGUUGUGGAGUCAGACAAGGAGCUUACCUGACACUGACUGCUUCCCUGAAGAGAACAGUAACUAACCUGUACAGGCAUCAGCAGCUGGUUUUAAGGAUGCUUUUGUCCCAACAUCGGACCUGGAGGUAACCCCAACUUGUCUGUGCUGUUGCCCCCCCUUGCAACCCGGACUGGAGAUGGUCCACUGGACAGCACAGUUGGGGACAUGUGUCUGUGUCCAGACCCUGCUGGCCUUUGCCUUGGCAAACUGUCCCUCACUUGCCCCCAGCCCUGUCAAUUUCUCUGUGGUUUACACUAUGCCCUUCUUCCAGGCCAGGGGCCCCAUCCAGAACAUAGUCAACAACACGCUUUACCAGGAGGUUUAUGUUGCCUCUCAGAAUGUGAUCGAAGCUGUGAACAGAAGCUUAGAGAAGGUGUGGGAGCUCCGCACUGGACCAGUGGGAAGCCCAGAGUGUCAAAUAUGCAAUUUGUGCAACAUUGACAAGGAUCCCAAUUUCCUGGAAGACACAAACAAUCAGGUCCUACUGUUGGAUACGUUCUAUAUGUCUUUAUACUCUUGUGGAAGUUCUCAGUAUGGUGUAUGCUAUUGCCACCAACUCAACUCAAAUGGAGAGCCACCCUCUCCUUCUAAGUGUUUGUUCAGAAAGGAUUCGAAUUCUGCUGCUUACUGUCCAGACUGCUUGGCUAGCCCUCUUGGUACCAAAGUCACAAUGGUCGAAGAGGGUCAGACCGUCUACUUUUUUGUUGCCACCACUGUCAAUGACAGUGUGACCCAGCGUUAUGGAAGGAAGUCAUUAUCAGUGCGUCGACCACUGGCCACAGAAGAUGGUUUCUACAAUGAUGUGCGUGGCCUGACUGUCCUUCCGGGCUUGCGGAGGACAUACCAUAUUGAAUAUGUGUACAGCUUUUUCACUCAGGAAUUUGUCUACUUUCUCUCAGUUCAGAGAGAGAGCCCGGAUCAGGAUUCUUCUCCAUUUCAGACUCGCCUGGGCCGUCUCCCACGGAAUGAAUGGGAGAUGAAAAGGUAUCGUGAGGUGAUCCUGGAGUGUCGGUUUGAACCAAAACGGAGGAGGAGGAACGUAGCCAGUGAGCCUUAUAAGGAUGUGGUGUACAACGUGGUCCAGGCAGCCCACUUUGGCAAGGCAGGCAGGGAGCUGGCAGAGGAGUUAGGAGCGGAAGAGGAGGAUGACAUCCUCUAUGGGGUCUUUGCUGUUACUGAUGACAACGGGGUCACGGAGCAUGACUCUGCUCUGUGUGCUUUCCCUAUGGACAAUGUGAACAAAGCAAUUGUAGAUGGUGUGGAUGACUGCUGUGAGUCUGGACCAGAGCAGCUCUCCAGAGGGCUCUGCCACUUCCAGCCCUGUGAGAGCUGUCCACAUGAGAGCAUGGAGAACAAUGCCACAUGCAGAGACCAUCCAACUAUGGUGUCAAAGCCCUACUACAGAGUAGACCUCUUCAACAGGCAGAUGACAGACGUCCUUCUCACAUCUUUGCUCGUCACAACAAUAGAGAACAAGACUGUAGCCCAUAUUGGCACCUCUACUGGCCGUCUGCUGCAGCUUGUAUUGACAAGAUCCAGCCCGAUUAUCUUUGCCAAUUAUUCUUUGGUAGAAAACCAGAGGAUCUCGUCCAUUGCUGCUGUUUACUCAUCAGAGUAUCUUCUCUUUGUGGUUGGAGACGAGAUGAUUCAGGUGCCCCAGAGGGGACCGGGCUGUCAACACUUCCUGACCUGUGCCAUGUGCCUGACAGCCCCGAAAUUCAUGGGCUGUGGCUGGUGCUCUGGCGUGUGCUCCUGGGAAAGUGAGUGUCACAGUCGCUGGAGGAACGAGUCCUGCCCACCAGGAAUCACUGGGUUCUCUCCACGGACUGCUCCUCCUGAUGGUCAAACAGAGCUGACAGUGUGCGGAUGGGAGUUCCAGUCCCCCUUAAAACCUGCCAUCACCUCCAGAACCCAUCAGGUCCGACUGGGACAGACUGCUUGCACUGUGCUAUCAGCCAAAAGCAACAACACACACUUGGUGUGUAAGAUUCGCUCUGGGGCCACUGAGCUGUCCAAAGCAGUAAACAUUACAGUGGAGGUGCAUGAGGGCAAGGUGGAGGGACGCUACUCUAUUGACGGGAAGGCAGAAAUGCCAGGAUUCACAUUUGUGAUUCCCAACAUCACAGAAAUCCAGCCCAACUAUGGUCCUCGUGUUGGGGGCACACUGAUCACAGUGACUGGACCUUACUUGGAUGCUGGGAAGACCAGGAAAGUGACUCUCAAUGACAUGCCCUGUCCGAUAAAGAGAGUCACAAAGCCCAGAGGCAAUGUGUCCUCCAUUAUCUGUUUGUCCCAGCCCAUCUCAGAGGUGAGGGAUGUCCCUCUGAGUGUUUUCAUCGACAAAUCUCCUGUGCUCACCACAAAGGUGUUUUACUACAAGGAAAACCCGAUGAUAACAGCUGUGCUGCCUGACUGUAGCUUUGACAGGGGCUCUAAGAUCGUCAUUGGUGGGGAGAACCUGGAUUCCGUUUACCGCACCAUCAUCCGAUUUAAACCCAAUGAGAGCCACUUAAAACCUGUGACAAGGGAGUGUAUAGGCAAGUCCUUGCCCACAAGGAUGGAGUGUAUCUCUCCGGUGUUCCCCAGGGAUGAGACAGAGGAAGGAGAGCUUUCUUUUGACAUGGAUGGAGCUUUGGGACUUUGGAACAACAAGUUCUCCUACCAUCCAUAUGGCGAGCCCAUCCCUUUUGAAACAGAGGGACACGUGCUGAAUUUGUACCCUGGCUUUGACGAAGUGUCACUUCAUCAUCAGAAGCUGAAUCUGGUGAGCUCUUGUAUGACCAUCAUUAUGACAGUGGCAGGCGUCGAUUGUGAUGCCAAAGUUCUGGACAAUGAGAUCACCUGCAGGAUCCCCAAGAACAUGACCAUCCCCAGUGAGGGACUGCCAGUGAAGAUCUCUAUCAACGGGCAGGUCCACAACGUUGGUAAGGUGAUGAGGGUCAGCAACCACUACAUGGUGGGUAUUGUUCUGGGGAUCUUGGCGGCUCUGGUUGCCGGCGCGGUGCUGGCCUUCGUGGUUAUGAAACACUUACGGAAGAAGAAGAAAGCCUCCAUGGUAGAGAGCCGUUUGGCCCACAGUGCUAGUCGCUCUGGUACAAAUAAUGUGGAGCUGUCGCCUGUUGGGGACUACAGGAGAGUCAUAUCCCUGAGUCCUCCUACCCCGCUGGUGGGGCGGGUGGUGUUCCCCAGCCUGAGCUACGCUACAGGCAGUAUAGAUCCUACUCUCACUCCCCUCAUGCCUCCAGAAAAGAUCUCCAUUUCCAGUUUUAGGCCAGAGUUGCUAGAGGAGGUGAAGGAUGUUCUUAUUCCCGCUGAGAUGCUUAUUGUGCAGCACCACAGGAUCAUAGGGAAGGGUCAUUUUGGCACUGUCUAUCAUGGAUACUUCACAGACCAGAACAGUAGAGAAAUCCACUGUGCUGUCAAGUCUUUGAAUAGAAUAACAGAUGUCGAGGAGGUGGAGCAGUUUCUGAAGGAAGGUAUCAUAAUGAAGGGUUUCCACCACAGUAAUGUGCUGUCCUUGCUGGGCAUCUUCCUGCCACAGGAAGGGCUCCCUCUAGUGGUGCUGCCGUACAUGAAACAUGGGGACCUGCGGCACUUCAUACGCUGCGAGAAGAGGAACCCUACUGUAAAGGAUCUGAUUGGCUUCGGGCUGCAGGUUGCCAAGGGGAUGGAAUAUUUGGCUCAGAAGAAGUUUGUGCACAGAGAUCUUGCAGCACGCAACUGCAUGCUGGACGAGUCAUAUACAGUGAAGGUGGCAGACUUUGGCAUGGCCAGAGAUGUCUUUGAUAAGGAGUAUUACAGUGUUCAGGAUCACAGGAAGGCUAAGCUGCCCGUCAAAUGGAUGGCCAUCGAGAGUCUGCAGACACAGAAAUUCACUUCCAAGUCUGAUGUGUGGUCUUUCGGUGUGCUGAUGUGGGAGAUGCUGACCAGAGGAGCGAGCCCGUACCCAGAGGUGGACCCUUAUGACAUAACACAUUACUUACUAAAGGGCAGGAGGCUUCCCCAGCCUCAAUACUGCCCCGACCCUUUGUAUAGCAUUAUGCUCCAGUGCUGGGACCCUGAUCCAGAGCUGAGGCCCAGUUUUGCUACUUUGGUGUCGGCUGUCUCCACCAUCCUUUCUGGUCUGGAGGGGGAACAUUACAUCAGUCUGAAUGUCACCUAUGUCAACCUGGACCAGCCACGGCCCUACCCUGCCCUCACAGAGUCUGCUGACGAGUAUGACUCCACAGAUGUCGAAGACUCUGGCUCGCUCUCCUCCUGAUCCUAUCCUUUUCCUCUCUCUACUUUAAAAUGGUAUUGGUGCUAACAGCAAGAGCACAAAAAUCCUGGCCAGUUUGGUCAGUGUCUCUUACUUCAAAUAAGAUACUGCCUACUGUUUGUAUGCAGGAAUGUGAUAGUAAGAUGCUUUCAGUUGGCAUAGCACACCCUCGGGCAGCCAUAUUGGAGGUCCAUCGCUAUUGCAACAAUAGCUGAGUAAAGUUUGUGCUUCCAAACUCUGCUAUCUUAAAAAUAUUUAAUAGACAUGUUGUUGCUUAUUUUUAACUGGUAACAGAUGGCACUGAUGAUACAUCUAAUCAGUUUUGUAGGACUAGCUUGUUCGCUAGAGACAAUAAAACAAGUCAGCACUUGUUAUGUGUCCAUUUGAAGCUAUUAGCAUGACACUCGUUAGCCAAAUCAGCCUGCAGGUAGAGCAUAUCAUGUCUCAGGGCCCAGGGCCCUAUGAUCCCAAGGCAAAUAUUCUGGGAACACACACUCCCAUUGUGUUUGGGUCAAAUAUGAUCCAUUUAAAGUUUUCAUUAUCUCAUAAGUAUAAUCUAGUUAACUUUAACCUCUUUCUGAAUCUAAACCUCUUUAGAAAUUGCAAUUGCCAACUACUAUUGAUGAUACAAAAUGUUUAACUUGGCAUUUUGAAUGAUUGAAUAAUAAGUUGUUUUUUAUUGUCCUUUAAAUUGGCUUAUUUAAAAUUUUGAGCUGAAAUAUGUUUGGGAACAUUGGAAUUGAUACCAAAGGACCCUGGGAACAUAGGACCCUUGAAAACAUAGACCCUUGGGAACAUAAGGCCUUGGGAACAGAGGACCUUGAGAACAUAGGAAAUUGGGAACAGAGCACCACCAGAGAUUAACAUGUACAAUUUAGGAACACGUGCCUUUGGAAUCAUAGGUGCCUUUGUUGAGUUCCCAUUAUGUGCCAUAUAGGUCUAGGAGUAUAGGGCCCUGGGAACUUUGGACCCUGGGAGUACAAAUAUGUAGAAUUGGGGAACAUAGGACCCUUUGUCAUGUUUCCAUCAUGUGUCUGAGGAACAUAUGUCCCUGGGUUCCAUAGGAAUGACCUCCUGCAUGAUAGCUAGCUAGCUAACAAUAGAGUUCACAGUAAAGGUUCCUAAACAUUAAAGUGUGGUACAGGCUAGGGUUAAAUAGGUAACCAACUCUUACUGUGGGAACUGAAUUGUUCCUCUCACCAUAGAAGUCAAUUUCACAUUUCUGUGUUUUCUUGCUCAGCUGAUAUAAAUGCAGACAUUAUAAAUAUAAAGUCAGUUCAUCCAUGUCCUGGCUACAGUAUUGAAUAAUGGAGUCACAAAAAGCAGAACUGUGAUGCAAACAAGUAAAAUCCAUGCAAUUCAGUAACCAUUAACUUUCUUUUACUACCUACAACAUACUGUUACAGCAGCAGAGACCAUGUGUAUAUACGUUUAGUUAUGACAUUCUCACAUUUGCUUUUAAUUCUUUUGCAGUGUACUGAUUGUUCUAGAUGUCUUGGAUCAUACUUCUGUAACGCACAAUGUUGACAACAGUGUUCUGAAAGCAAUCUGACAUCACCCUGUUGCUUGUAUUUCAGACACAAUGUCAUUGAAAUAGUGUAAUAAAUUAAAUAUUUAUUUGUUUAUAGAUUUGUUUUCAUGCUGUGGACUAUAAAUAUGAGAAUUUAUGCAAACUUCUAUUUGCAGUGGAUUUACACAGUUUAAUAUUUUCUGUAAAGCUGAACCUUUUGUUGCAUUGUCCACUAGAUGUCAGCAUUCUGUUAGAAGUAUCUGCUCCUGAAGUCGUUCCCAGCAACAUGGCUGUU